GUUAAACAAGGUGAAUACCUUUCCACGGUGAACUCUGUUUAUUUCAGCAUCACCAUCGAAAAGGAACAAUGAAAAUGUCAUUGCUGUUAUUGUGGCUGGUUAAAAUGGUGCGAAUUGUGGGCCAGAAGGUAAUAUGCAACGAGGAGACACUACCUUCAGUGCCUAUACUCGGAAUUAAUGGGUAUCUGGUCGACACAGUCACACGCACACGUAUCUCCUGGAAUUCUGAAUUUGACAAUCUUAAUUCUAGUGCAUACAAAGAACUAACUGCGACCCUUUGCGACGCGGUAAAGGAGGCUAGCCAGCUUGUCAAUUCAUCCAUCAAGAAUGAAACAGAUUGUUUCUUGAUUCACCUGGGGGAAUAUGGUUCAUUCCUUGUAGCAGGAAUCUACUUGGAAUAUCCAAUCUCAGAAUAUCCGGGUUUUGGAACAGCAAUCGAACAAAAGAUACAUGAAACUAUGAGGUUAAAGAACAUUCAACUUAGCCACUACUUUGUCCUAUGCGAUGCCCGUCAAGCUCUUAAAAAACAAUGUGAAGUAGGAAACAUGAAGUUGAAUGAUCCAAGAUGGAAAUUAUGCGGUGCAGUAUCGUCUGCAAACGAAGAUACACUGAACACAGUGAACACUCAGAUGACGGAAAUUGUACACACUACACCGGUUCAUUCGACAGUCACAUCUCAUAGCACUGAUGCUACGGCAUUUGUCUCACUGGGUAUUAUCGAUCUUAAUGAUGAGUAGCGGCUAGCAAUGGAAUCCUGAACAUGCGUUUCAUCCUGUUUAAGACUCGUCAACUGGAUAUACCUGCCUUCCAGUGAGUAAUGUUGUCCCCAUUAAGAUCCAAACCCGAAAUCGAUCGUUUCCGACACCACAUCGUUAUCCAUUAGGCCAACGAGUCACGAUAGCCACCUUUUGUGAGACGGGUAUAGUUAUGAUGUUACUGACGUUAAUUCUCGAUCUUAUCAUUAUAAUGCUUAUUUGUCUUUCGUAUCAAUGGAUAGGAAACUUGAAAACAUAAACAGUCUUUGCACGAUUCUCAAUCCAUUAUGACAACAUAGUGAUGUGUGAUCUAACUGAGAAUACCAAUGUGGGUUUGUUCAACAAUGUCAUGAAGGUGAUAAGAAGAACUGUGCAAUAUACAUUGGUGACUAAUCAAUCAAAAUCUACAGCUUCUAGCAAGUUACUUACCAAUAAUUAAAUUGUCUGAACUGUGUAAUGAGUUUACUAUUUGAUUGCACACCUGAUUGUCCUAAGUAUUCACAUGAAAAUUCAUAAAACGUUAAGGGUGAGAAUAUGAAAAGAGGUCAAGUAGGAGGGAUGAAAAUCAAUAGAGCAAACAAUGAUAGUACAUCGAACUUGGUUUCAGAGUUGAAUUCAUCAAUGAAGAUUUAAUGUGAUAACAAACAGCUGUUGAACAUACAAAGGUGGUUUAAACUUCAUUAAAUUUAAGGAUCCGUCCCGAACACGCUUGUAAGUAGGUAUAAAGGAGGUAGCCAAGUCAAUUCGGUGACCUGUCUUAACGAUAUGUUUUGCGAUCAAAGAACUUGGAUAUUUGCUACCAAUGUUUAUGAGUUCAAGUGAUUUAACCUGCUUCCAAAUCCACUUUCGAAUAUGCUUCGAGACCGUUACUUGCAUAGGUU